AUGAAUACCUCAUUGAAACUUUCGAAGCUUGAGAAAAUGAGUGAAAGUAUAUCGAACUCUGGUCCUCCCAGCCAUCCUCCUCUUCCUCCUCCCCCUCCUCCCAGCCCUACAACUUCAUCUUCAAUUUCUGUUUCUACUCCUCAAUGUACCCCUUACCCAUCUAUAUCUUCAAUUUCACCUGUUUCUUCUGUAUAUCCCUCUGAUGCUGUUUCUUCUGUAUAUCCCUCUGAUGCUGUUUCUUCAUGUACUCCUCAAUCUAACCCUAGACUCAAUGGAAUUGAUGACGAUAGUUUCUGGCUGUUGGAGAGUGAGGAAAUUAAAGAGCUUAUUCCAAAGAUGGGACCUAGGCUAAAAUUCACCAAAAAUGUCUCUGUACAGAAGUUAGAAACUAUGCCUGCAUCAAGUCUUCUUGGACUUAAUGAGCAGAAAGCAGAAGAAACUGAUACAUCACUGUGCAUCACUUUGGCAUCAGAAAGUGACUCUCCAUCUGCUGACAUGCAAAGCUCGAAAGGCUCCUUGGCAGAUACACUUGUUAUUGAAGCAUCCUCGUGUUCCAGUCUUUCAACCCCUGACAACUCUGUAUCAUCUUUUGCCAGUCAUGACCAGCCAGUCUGCAGUCGAGCUUGUACAAAUUUUGAUGUCAUCAGUAUUUUGAAGCAAGCUUCUGGCGGAACUCGCCUUGUGGAAAAAAUCCAGGCUGAAUGCAUGCUAUCCAAGAAAAACAAAAAGCAGAUGGUUGACAUUUUGGCACAGCGGCUGAUUUCUGUCCAUGGGCAUUUACCAUCUUCAUUCAUCAAAGAAGAACUGGCAAAGGCUAUACUGGUUUCUUUCCCAUCACUGAAAGAUCCUAAGGGUGUAACAGGCUAUGAAAAUUACUAUUGUAAAGGCGCUACUAAAAUGCCAGCUAGAGGAUGCUUAGAGGACAGGGUGUCAUACUUACGAAGAGAGUUCUACAAAAGUACUGCUAAUGAUGGUGAUCGACCCCCGAAGAAACAAAAAUGUGAAUCCCCAACAGCCGGCCCAUCCAACAACAAACUGGAGGGCAUGGAGCAUGAAGCUAAAGAGAUACAAGAACCUACUGCUAAAAUACAAUGGAUGAAAGCAAACACCAGUGAGGAUGAUCGCAACAAAGUUGUUGAGUACAUGCGCGAUACAGCUUUGUACAGACAACAAUGGAUCAAAUCUAACAAAAUGUCAGCAACAGAGAUACUUGAAGAAUAUUCCCGUCUUGCGGACAGUGGGAUGAUUGAACAAGAUUUUGAAAUAGGCCUACUUCAAAAUGUGGCCAGCAGCAGGUUAUAUCAAAAUUGGAGUAAGACUGCAACCAAACUAAUUGAGUGGUGCCCAAGGAUUGCACCAUAUGCUUUGAAGGACUUACUUGCAGGAGAAGACGACCUUGAGGUAGAUGAACUAAAUACAGAGCAAAAGAACAAUCUAGCCUUUGGCUUGUUACCAGUACUAUUUCCAGGUAGAAGAAAGGGGAAAGGGGGCAGAUAUUCAACCCGGGAAGCACAACUAGGAUUCAUAGAUGUCCAAAAUGAAAACCUUGCACUAGACAAGUUCCUGGAAGAUAUUGUACCUGAAAGUCGACCUCAAUCGUUCAUACUAGUCAUUGGGUCUCUCCUUAAACCAGUGCAAAUUUUCAUCAUUGUGGAAAGGCGGGCAUUGGAACAAAGUAGCUUAAUGAAAGCCGUAGAUACAUGCUAUAAAGCAGUGUAUGUCCUGGAUCUAGAAUACCAGCCUCAGUGUUGUGGUGCGUGGGAGUUCCUACAAACAUACAUUUAUGAGAUGAAAGGAGCUGUAAAAUGCAGUGCGAUCAGGGAGUUCAGAAUCUUCGAGACAGCCUAUGAGUCAAUAAUGAAUACCAACAUCUAACUGUCCUCAUGUGAGCUAGCAAGUUUAUUGCCUUUCCAGAUACUUUUGCUUAAGAGAAGUUCCUGUGUUGAUAAAUGUUUUGUUAAACUUUCUCUUUUUUUUUUUGGAGGGGGGGGGCGGUUAAUUGACAAAGUGAAUGUCAAACUGUAGACUGUUUAGUCGACACGUUAUCUGAUAUCUGAAGCCAGUUUGCAGCCCGCAUUCAAUAACUAUACUUUGUUUCGCUUCAACUUCAGUAGUGAUGACACUGUUUUGUAGUGUACGCAAUGCUUUACGCACCUGCAAAGUUUCACAGUGAUCCUGGGCCGAGAUCUCGGGGGGGGGGGGCACUUGAUGCCCCCCCCAAAAAAAAAAUAACGUAGUCUUUUUAGGGUUAAGUCAGAAAGUUGUUUGUUGUAUGAAGUAAGGUCUUAAUUAUUAUAUUUUGUUAAGUUGUUUUCUUCAACUGCUUUUGUUUUUUAAUUGACAAAGUAAAUGUCAAACUGUAGACUGUUCAAACCUGACUUAUUAAAUGUCAACUUGUAGACUGUUUAACCCUUUUCCUUUGGGGGCAGCGGGGGGGUCAAUUUGGCCCCCCUCCCUCAACAAUCUGCGUGAUAACUCCACAAUGCGCAUGGGGAGGGGUGGCACUUGAUGCCCCCCCAAAAAAAAAGUUUUCACAGGGCCCAAAAUAACCUAGUCUUUUUAGGGUUAAGUCAGAAAGUUUUUAGUUGUA